AUGUUUUGCUCCCACAGAGUCUCUCUCUCUCUCUCUCUCUCUCUCUCUUCUCCCCCGACCGGUUGCCAUCGGAAAGAAGAGUAUGGGAGGAGGAGGUGUGAUAACCCCCAGUAGGUAGCACACAGAAAUACGACCUGUUUCCUUGUUCCGGAAUCCGAGUGCUGUUCUUAUCCGGAGGCAUCCAUGCUGCCUUACGAUUGCAGCAACAGUGGGCUCACUCGGGGACCCACCACAAGCGGGGAACCGUGCGGGCAGCGUACAUUCGAAGGCCGAACGUUGGUAACCUAAUCCGUAGAUUCACGAGGACGUCGGGGAUCCGAUGAGAUGCACGAUUAUUAAAGGCAGCAGGCACACGCAUGAUGACCCGCUUCGCCCACCACGUCCCUGCAUCACCCAGCUCUGCCUCUCCACGCAUGCCACGUGGCAGUAGGAGCCGAGAAAGACCGUGGCCCAACAUAAUCAUAUGCGGCCACGAGUGCUGCAGUUGGCAUCGCGUUCUUCCCAUGCUGGAGGAGGAUAAGAUCCUCUACCAAAACUGGUGGACCCACAGCACCAUUCUCCUCCUCACCCGUGGUAUUGGAUCGAGCCGUAGGAUUUGGUUCUCACUGGCACUCCGGAAGGGGCCCACCGUUGUAACCCAAAUCGUACAGAAAACAGUGCCAAGCCCCAGAUCGGCUACACGAACCAUGGUUCGACGGUCUGCUGCAUCCACGUGUCCCACUUCCGUCUUUCUUCGCUUCCGCUUCUUUCUGACGUCGUUAUUCUGACAAAGCAUCGGCCCCUCGGGCGCCGUUAGUUUUGACGUCGUGUUUUCAGGUUUCGCGAAGCUUAACCAAACCGCGGUUACUGCAACGCCAACCGGGUUCACCCUCGUAGUUUAUAAUCACCCCUUGAGCGCUGCGACAAACUAGGUAGCAGGAGAGCCAGCGAGAGAUGAUGGCCAUGAUGAUGAUGGGGGCAGAAGGAGGGGACCGUCGUCAUCCGACGGUCGUUGUUCCGCCGUGGUCGUCGCCCUUCGAGAGUCCGGCGGCGGGGAUUGACUACCACCACUUGGCCGCCGCCGGCGGGGAGUCCACCCUCGCGCUGCUGCAGCGCCAGCUGCGGUUCGACGGCGACGAGGCGGGAUGGGUGGAGGAGGACGUGGAGGAGCCAGACUCGGCCGUGGACGUCUACUCGUCGGACGAGUUCCGGAUGUAUGAGUUCAAGGUGCGGCGGUGUGCGCGCGGCCGCUCCCACGACUGGACCGAGUGUCCCUUCGUCCACCCUGGUGAGAAGGCGCGUCGCCGAGACCCCAGGAAGUACCACUACUCCAGCGCGGCGUGCCCGGACUUCCGCAAGGGCGGUUGCAAGCGCGGUGACGCCUGCGAGUUCGCUCACGGGGUGUUCGAGUGCUGGCUCCACCCGGCGCGCUACCGGACGCAGCCCUGCAAGGACGGCACCACCUGCGCCCGCCGCGUCUGUUUCUUCGCCCACGCGCCCGACCAGCUCCGCGUCCUUUCACAGCAUCAGCAGACGACAACAUUACCCGCGGUGGAGUCCUAUGAUGGUUCGCCGCUACGCCAACAGCAGGCGCUGGAGUGCUACAUAUCGAAGAAACUGAUGUCCUCCAAGACCUCGACGCUGAUGUCUCCGCCGGUUUCCCCGCCGAUGUCACCGAGCAGGACAGCACUCCGGCGGGCGUCGUGGCCGGUGGGAACAUCUCUGAACGAGAUCGUGGCCGCACUGCGGCAGCUACAGCUCACCCAGGCGAAUCCAGCGCCUAGCUGUUGGAACUUACAACUAGGUGACGGUCUGUUCGGAUCGCCAAGAUGCACCGCAUCGGGGUUCAAUGCCGGCUUUUGCAGUCUGCCAUCGACUCCAACGAUGGCGGGGACGAGUGGCGGAGGACUGGGGUGGGCGGACGACGCGGACGGUGGGUUGGCGGAGGGGGAAGAGCCAGUGGAGAGGGUGGAGUCGGGGAGAGCCCUCAGAGCGAAGAUCUUCGAGAAGCUGAGCAAAGAAUGCGUUGUGGAGCGAGCCGAGGCGGCUCCGCCGGUGCCGGCGCCGGAGGUGGUGAAGUGAUAUGCGGGAGGAGGAAUCUUAUGGGUGACCGUAAACCGUCGAGUGAGAUAGAGAAGAUGGAUGUAGAAUAUUUGUACAUAGAAAAUGGUGGUGGGAAUGGAACCGUGGUGGAUCUGUUUUGGGGAUUCUUCCUGCAGAAAGAAAGAAGGUGAAGCGAUCCAUGGAAGAUCGAAGCAAGCAGGAGCAGCACCGCGGCCUUAUCCUUGUGAUUGCAAUGUGAAAUCUGUAAUUAUCACGUCUGUAUUUUGUAGUAUAUAUGUAGCUUUGUAUCACGACGAUUUAGUGAGACAUGUCACUCCCUGCUGGU